AGACAGAUGUGAAGUAGUGGAAAGAUAUCAUGCCAGUAGUAGCCAAGUGACGUGGAAGAGAAACUUCAUCAGCAGUUGGAAGCUUGCUUUGGGAGUGUUAAUUAACUAACACCGCUAAUGAAGUAUGGGACGUUUGGUUCAGUGACACAAAGCCAGAUAAAAAAUUAGAGAAAUGCUGCACCUCUUAUUUUACUCUUAAGACCAGUAAAGUAAAAUUAAUGACUGCAUUUUAAAGCAGGCUUGUUUGCUGUAUUCCCUCACUGCUUCUUUUUAGUAAACUGAAACCUAACCAUGGACGGAGCAAUCACAAUUAUUCUGAUUUCUGUCGCAAUGUUCUUGGGGUGUUUUCUUUUAGGAUUGAUCCCACUCAUGAUAAAACUUUCUGAGCAAAAGCUGCAGUUUGUAAGUGUCCUGGGGGCUGGGUUGCUGUGCGGGACAGCAUUGGCGAUCAUCAUUCCUGAGGGGAUCGAGCUGCUGCAAGACUCAGUGAAAGACGGCCAGUAUCCCUGCGUUACAUCACUGAAUCGCAGUGCCACAGUGCCGCGCCCGUCCCCAGGGUCUGUGGCAGAGAAGAGCCUCUCACUGCCCCCCAGCUUCCUUAUCGGGGUCUCGCUAGUGGUGGGCUUUAUCCUCAUGUUCAUUGUGGACCAGAUCGCCAGCUACUGCUCUUUUCACGACCCACGGAUUGGAAUGUCAAGCAGCACCAGCAUCACAACCACUCUGGGUCUGGUGAUUCACGCUGCAGCUGAUGGGGUGGCUCUAGGGGCUGCAGUGGCCUCCUCCCAGGUCUCUGUCCAGGUCAUUGUCUUCUUUGCAGUCAUUCUACACAAGGCUCCUGCAGCAUUCGGGCUGGUUUCAUUCCUGAUGCACGCUGGCUUGGAGAAGAGGCAGAUACAGAAGCACUUGCUCGCGUUCUCCAUCGCAGCUCCAGUGCUGGCAACCAUGACAUACCUCAUACUAAGCAAGACAGGUGGGUCCUCUGCACACAGGCUGAGUGCCACGGGAAUCGGAAUGCUGUUCUCUGCCGGGACCUUCCUUUAUGUGGCCACUGUCCAUGUGUUACCAGAGAUCAGCAGCAGGGGGCACCUGCAUGCUCCCCAACACCAUGGCAUCUCAGGGGAGUUCCAGCAGGGGGGUCUGAGGGUGCUGGAGAGCCUGACAUUUAUCAUCGGAGCUGGACUGCCUGUGCUCAUAUCUCUCGGACUGCAUGAUAAUUAAACAGGGCAGCUGAAGACAAGCAUUUCAGGCACACCCAGGCCCGAGAUUCCUGAUGGAUUGCUGCCCGUGUGAAAUCAAUCUGAGAAAAUGAGGACAGGUCUUUAACCCUUUCAUGCACAGUGACUUCACAUGGGGAUGGAUUUAAAAAAAAACAAAAAAAAAAAAAAAAAAAACAGCUUCUAGGCUUCAUGUGGAAAAUGCAAUUUUUACACCAUGCAAAGCAAUGAAACAUUAAAAAAUAAAUUCUAUGACAAAUAUAUUUGUGUCCGAUUUUUAUAUGUCAUGCAUGAAAGGGUUAGGCAGAACAGCUGUCUCUUUGUAUACAAGUGUUAUACUUCAUUGCCCUAUUGAAAACUGCCAUUGAAGGCAUGCUUUUGUGUGUUCUUUGAUGUUUGUGGGAAGUGGAUUGAUGCACUGAUUCUCAGCAUCAUGCAGUUUCAUUAGCUCAUUGUAGUUAGACAGUGAAAUAUGACACCACAGAGCUAUAGUUAUCAGCCUAUAAUGGAACAGCUGCUAUCCUAUCAGAAGAGGUUGGUUGCCCUCAUAUACUGCAAAGUCUACUCCACCUACCGCUGUAUUUUAUGCACAGGUAACCCGAACCAUCCCCUCACACAUAAGAAUAUAUUUCAUUUCAAAUGAAGCCAUCAUGUAAAGCUAUAAUGUAUUUUACACUUCAGGAGAAAAUAAGUGAGUGUAUCUCUGAUAUAUAAUUACAUUUUUAUUACUGGUACUAACUCAUUCAUAUAUGACCUGUUUUAUUUUU